AUGACUGGACGACGCAUGAUUCAAGUGCUGAGGUGGGUGCAGGUGUGGAUGCUGCUUGCACCUACCUUCUUAGCGCAUGCAGUACAUAUACAAGACCAAGCCACCGAUGCCUUGAUCUGUCCGAUAUCUGAAUUCUAUGGACUGGAGUUGCCAACAUGCUCGAUAUAUGAAGACAGCAGCACCUACAGUUAUAAUAAAGGAUCUAUUGAUCCCGAACCAUCCGUCACCGCCUCGGAUCCUAGUUCUUCGACAGCCGCAUCAGAAAAUGCCGAUGUUAAUGAACUCGACGCGGAAUCCCUACUCGAUAAUGCCAAUUUCCUCUCGUUUGAGGAUUGGAAGAAACAGAAUCUUGCCAAGAAUGGCCAGUCUGCGGACAACGUCGGAAGCAGACGGCAGGGUAGUGAUAUCAGCAACGAACGUCGCACACAGGCCAGAGCUAUGAACAAUGCUCUUGAUUCACUUGGUGAUGAUGCAGAGAUUGAGCUGAACUUUGGUGGCGCGUUUGGCUCUGAUGCCGCGCAACCUACAGUCUGGGAAAGUGGGAAUCCUUACGAUAAUAGCGCCAUGAAUACCGACGGUGAACCAAGCGCCGUCGGUGGCUCUGCCGAUGGUGUUUCUGCCGUGGGAAGGCGAAAGGACGCCGGGACCACGUGCAAAGAACGGUUUAAUUAUGCAUCUUUUGACUGCGCCGCUACCGUGCUGAGGACAAAUCCCCAAUGUUCGGGGUCAUCCUCCAUUUUGAUUGAACACAAGGACAGUUACAUGUUAAACGAGUGUCGUGCAAAGGAGAAAUUUCUCAUCUUGGAACUUUGUGACGACAUCCUGGUUGAUACAAUCGUUCUUGCCAACUACGAAUUUUUCAGCUCCAUUUUUCGCACCUUUAAAGUGAGCGUGUCAGAUCGAUAUCCUGUGAAAGCAGACAAAUGGAAAGAGCUUGGAAUAUUUGAAGCCAAGAACACUCGUGAGGUGCAAGCUUUUGCGAUUGAGAACCCGUUGAUCUGGGCUAGAUAUGUGAAAAUCGACUUUCUCACACACUACGGGAAUGAAUUCUACUGCCCACUCAGCCUCGUUCGAGUACAUGGUACGACCAUGUUAGAAGAGUAUAAGAAUGAGGGGGAUAUCAAUCACUCUGACGAAGACAUGCUUGAUGGAAUUGCGGAAGAAGUCGAGAUGUUUGUAGAGGAGCAGGAUGUGGCAAUGGACCACCCCUCUGAUAACGUUAUAUUACCAAUACCGAGUUCGGUCUCGGAUUAUUUGGAAUAUAUGAGCCCGCUUAAUGGCAGCGUACUUGAAAUGGCCGCUUUCGAUUAUUCUGUCUCAGAGACAGCUACAUGCAGCGCAGACGAAUAUCUAGCGUCUGAGAUAGAUGCAACGUCGAACAAGACUCAUCCAAGCACGCCAGCUGCUGGCUCUCUAGUGACAGGCGGUCUUAAUUCUACAGUCAUGGCUCCAGCCGACUCGAAAACAACUGCAGACCGUUCACGCGAUCGUACAGAACAGCCUACCACCAGCGAAUCGAACACGCCUCCACGCAUCGAGAACCAGGAUGCGACGUCACGCGGUUCAGUAUCGGACUCAUCAAUUGUUCCCGGAGAAGACUUCACAUCUACUUUGGAGCCUACAAAAGUGGCGCCCUCGCCUCCGCCCUCGCCUAAUCCGACUACUCAAGAGUCGUUUUUCAAAUCCGUUAACAAACGGCUACAGAUGUUGGAAUCUAAUUCGUCGCUGUCGUUGCUCUAUAUUGAGGAACAAUCACGGAUGUUGAGGGAUGCAUUCAGCAAAGUCGAGAAGCGACAGCUAGCCAAAAUGAAUUCAUUUCUUGAAGAGUUGAAUGCGACAGUCGUCGAAGAGAUAAAAAACCUUCAGUCCGUUUAUCAGUCGCUCAGUACCAUCGUGCUGGAUGAUUUUGAACACCAGCAACGCGAGGUUUCUUCGGCCUCAACUCAACUCGCUAUCUUGACCAAUGAACUCGUUUUUCAGAAACGCAUGACCGCGUUGUCUAGUGUCCUGAUUAUUAUUUUGUUUGCUCUCAUUCUCUUUCCGCGUGGAACGGGCAUUGUGGGAAUUGACCUGCCCAGCAUGAUGGCGUGGUCUCCGCGUCCAUCUUCACCAGCCAAGGUGUCAAGGACACCGACUACAGGGCCGUCUAGUCCGAGUCUAGAGUCGGAGACCUCGACUUCACCUCCUUCCAACCAGUCGACAGCGACGAUAACAAACAAGAAGAAAACAACCCAGCGAAAAUGCUCCAAUGCACUUCAUCACAACUCUAUAAAGGACCUUCGCAACUGUUCCAAUGCAUUGGCACAUUCGUCUGAAGAGGAUAUACAUAUUGCAGGGUACGAAAACGACGGACGUUUUCGCUCUUUAUCCGACUUUUCUGAUUCUGAAAUAAAUAAGAUUCCGUACACACCCUUUUCAUCAGAUCUUCGACAUAUGCUCGGUUAUGAUGCUGUACGACCAACUCUUCGCGUCGCCAAACAGGCAUCUUCCUCUUCUUCCCCUUCGCCUAUCCCUGCAAUUUCUCCUUCAACACUCCAACAGGAUCGACCUGUUAGUAGUCCGCCGGUCUUGAACGAAGCUUCCAGACCAGUUACCAACGGAGGUGAAGGUGGUGAUGAUAUGGGAGAUGGGAAGAGCGAUAGCUCUACCGAACCUUUCCCGCCAUUUCCUUCUAAUUGA